AUGUCAAUUCGUAGCAAGAAAUUAACUUCUAACAUAUAUGGGCGUGUCGUGAAUACUCCCCCAGAUACGAAACACAUUCAUUUCUGCACGGAUUUCGAGAAAUCUACGGUUAUCAACACUUUUAGGAAUCGAGGAUGGAGACAAGUUGGCCCUGACGGUGAUUGGAAUAUUUACUGGUCUAAUACGGCAACCUGCCGAAAUCUGUUCAGUUUAGAUUCCGGCUUGCGACUCCGUGAUAACCAGUUAAUCAACCAUUUUCCCAAUCACUAUGAACUGGUCCGCAAAGACCUCCUUGUGAAAAAUAUUAAGAGAUACCGAAGGGAGUUAGAAAAAGAGUCCCACCCAUUGGCAGAGAAAACCGAAGUCAAACUCAGUAACGGACAUAUGACUCACAGAUAUUUGUAUUUGGAUAUUAUCCCAUUAACUUUUGUACUACCAUCAGACUACAACUUAUUCGUCGAGGAAUACCGAAGAUGUCCACAAAUGACGUGGAUCAUGAAACCUUGCGGCAAAUCCCAGGGCGAAGGCAUUUUUCUCAUAAACAAACUGUCAAAACUAAAAAAAUGGUCCAGAGAAUCAAAAAAAUAUUUACAACACCAUCUCGCAAGCAAGGACUCGUAUGUUAUAUCACGAUAUAUAGAUAACCCGCUUUUGAUCGGUGGGAAGAAAUUCGAUUUGAGGAUUUACGUCCUUGUUACAUCUUUUCGGCCUUUGAAGGCUUAUAUGUUUCGCCACGGAUUUUGUCGAUUUUGCACGAUGAAGUACGACACAAGCGUAACGGAGCUCGAUAACAUGUACGUACAUCUGACUAACGUGAGUGUACAAAAACACGGAGGAGACUACAACAGUAUACACGGAGGAAAGCUCGGCAUACAUAAUUUAAAAAUGUAUUUGGAAGGGACGCGAGGUCGGGAAGUGACCGACCGCCUAUUUGAAGCGAUACAGUGGCUCAUAGUACAUUCAUUAAAAGCGGUGGCGUCCGUGAUGUCUAAUGACCGGCAUUGUUUUGAAUGCUACGGGUAUGAUAUUAUAAUAGACAACAAUUUGAAGCCCUGGUUAAUAGAGGUGAAUGCGUCCCCUUCUAUGACAGCCACGACCGUCAACGAUAGAAUUUUGAAAUACAAAUUGGUUGAUAAUAUGUUAUCGGUAGUGCUGCCACCUGAUGGUGUUCCUGAUUCUCGUUGGGCUAAGUCACCAUCUGCAGAAGCCUUAGGCGACUUUGACGUUCUCAUAGAUGAAGAUUUAAUGUAUAAAGAUGAAGUGAAAGUCAAUUCUUCCCAAAUACGCGCUAAUGGACGUGAUAAUGCUGCGUAUGAUAGGUUCAAAACAAAUGUUUAA